AUGCAACACAUGCAGGAAUUGGAGACCCGAUUAGAUCAACUGGUGUCGGAGAAUCGGUUACUGCAGGCGGCGCGCGAGGAGGCAGAGAAGAAGCUGCAGAAGACCAGUGUGGCCCGGCGCAAGAGCGAUCAGGCGCUUAAUGUGAGCGCGGCGGAUCUGCGCAACCGGGAAGCGGAGGUGGAACAACUGCGUCGGUCGGUGGACUGGUUGCAGAAGGAGGUCUCGCGAUUGACGGAGGAGAAGAACGGACUGGUGGCGAGCCAGGCGACGCUGGUCGCAGGCCAUGAGCAAGAGCUGCAGGCGGCGCGCGAGGCCGCCGCACGCGAGGUCGAAGCGUUGCGAGCGCAACACAGCGAGCUGACGACCCGCGUGCACGAAACGAUCCGGCGCGAGAUUGACCAGGCGCUGACACCCAAGGACACGGAGCUCCGGCGUCUGCGGACGGAGCUGGCGAGCGCGCGCGACCAGGUGCAAGCGCUGCAGCAGCAGCUGGCCAGCAGUGGCGGCGUGGGUGAUGCCCUCGUGUUCCAUGACGAAGACUACUUUGACGCCGCGUGCCAGAAGCUCUGUGGCCACGUCCAGCAGUGGGUGUUGCGCUUCUCGAAGCACUCGGACCACCGGCGGUGCCGGAUGCUCGGCGAGCUGCACGACGAGAAGAUCGCCGACCGGUUCGACAACGCCCUGCUGGACGGCUCCGACGCGGACGCCUAUCUGGCCGACCGGGUCCGACGACGCGACGUGUUCAUGUCGGUGGUGAUGACGAUGGUGUGGGAGUAUAUCUUCACGCGGUACCUAUUCGGCAUGGACCGCGAGCAACGGCAGAAGCUCAAGGCCCUUGAGAAGCAACUGUCCGAAGUCGGGUCCCCGGCCGCGGUGCAUCGCUGGCGGGCAACGACGCUGACCCUGCUGGCGCGGCGGCCGACCUUUGCGCGGCAGCGCGAGAGCGACACCGAAGCCGUCGCGCUGGAAAUCUUUGCCACGCUCUCGCGCCUGCUGCCACCCCCCUCGGCCGUCGAGGCGCCCUUGCUCGAGUCCCUACGCAAGGUCCUACGCGUGGCGGUGACGCUGGCGAUCGAGAUGCGCACCCAGCUCGCCGAGUACAUCAUGUUGCCGCCGCUGCAGCCCGAGUACGACACCCAUGGCGACCUGACGCGGCAAGUCCGGUUCAACGCGUCCCUGAUGAACGAGCGCAGCGGCGCCACGACCUCCAACGAGGCCCUCGAGGCACAACACGCGGUCGUCCGCCUGGUCCUGUUCCCCCUCGUCGUCAAGAAGGGCAACGAUCAAGGCCACGGCACCGAGGAGGUCGUCGUAACUCCGGCACAGGUCCUGAUCGCGCGUCCAGAGCCGGACCGAAUGACCCUCGACGCUGCCACCCGCUCAGUGCACAGCAUCGCUCCCUCGUCCAUGGGGGGGAGUAUUGCCUAG